UAUCACAAACCCGGUAGUCGAGACUAUAACAGGUAGGCCUACGUACAAAUAUAGGCUUCAUCUUUGAGAUUGGUCUGCCUGAAUCUAUCAGGUGGUGCUUUAUUUAGAGGUAGUAGCCUAGGAUUCAGAGAAGUUCUGAUUUGUGGAAAAGCCCGACGUCGACGUCGCUCGACGUUUCAAUGCCAACAUGGAUCACUUGUCUCGGGGCGUGUGCGAUUAAGAGCUGGCUGUCAACAUACGGAGAACAGACUUCUUUUGAAUAACGGCAGGUCGGCCAGGUGAUGCUGAUGGACCAGGAAACUCAGUGGCUGUACCUUCUCCUGGCCGAGGUCCAGUUGGAGAAGUUCUACCUGCGCGUCAGAGAUGGCCUCAACAUCAGCCGCAUCGAGCACUUCAACUAUGUCAAGGAGUCCGACCUGGAGCAGAUAGGAAUCAGCAAACCUGCACAAAGACGAUUAUGGGCAGCUCUGAAAUGCUACAAGACGAAUUCACGAGGACGGCAAUUGAUGCCCAAGAUCAGUGGUCGAGGUCAGGAUGGAGGGGAGCAGCGGAGCGGAGGCGGCCCGGCUCAGGAGGGUGGUAGCCGGGCUCUUCCUUGUCUGAUCCAGGACAGCGAGCUGAUCCUGGGCGAGAAGCUGGGCUCCGGGUCCUUUGGGGUGGUGAAGAGGGGAGAGUGGAACACACCUACUGGGAGAGUGUUACCUGUAGCAGUAAAGUCACUAAGGAGCAGCAUGUCCAGGCAGACGGACACACUGACAGACUUCCUCCAAGAGGUGACCAUCAUGCAGUCACUGGACCACCCCAACAUCAUCCGACUUUAUGGUGUGGUGCUCACACAGCCCCUCAAGAUGGUAACAGAGCUGGCCCCCUUGGGCUCACUAUACGACACCCUGCGGUCACGUCAGUAUGAGUACCCUCUGGUCCGCCUCUGGCUCUUUGCUACCCAGAUCGCAGCGGGUAUGGACUACCUGGAGACCAGGAGGUUCAUCCACAGGGACCUGGCUGCAAGAAACGUACUGCUGGCAUCCAGGGAGAUGGUGAAGAUCGGGGACUUUGGGCUGAUGAGAGGCCUGAGCCAAGACAAGGACCACUAUGUGAUGUCAGCACACAGAAGGAUCCCGUUUGCAUGGUGUGCUCCAGAGAGUCUUCGUGUCGGCUCCUUCUCCCAUUCCUCAGACGUGUGGAUGUUUGGCAUCACCCUGUGGGAGAUGUUCACCUACUGUGAGGAGCCCUGGUUCGGUCUGUCAGGCAAACAGAUUUUGUGGCGUGUGGAGCGGGAAGGUGAGCGUCUGGAGAAACCGCCGGAUUGCACCCAAGAAAUGUACAACGUCAUGAGGAAGUGCUGGGCCUGCAACCCUGCUGACAGACCCAGCUUCGCCCAGCUCAUCACAAUGGUGGCAGAGGCUAGACCAUUGGAGGCGCAAGCAACAAGAGACUUUGCUGAAUCCAGAAAACUUACACUGGUGGCCAACGACCUUGUGACCAUCAUAGACCAUGGUCUGGAGCUGUGUGAGUGGAGGGGCCAGAACCAGAGGACGCUGACAGUCGGCUGGUUUCCUGCGAGCUUUGUCGUGGUGUCACUCCCUCUUGCUGCCACUGCUGGAAACUCCGGGCCCAACCCUGCUUCUUCCACCCCUAACAUCUCAGCCCCGCUGAAGGGCAGCCUGCAACACUACGCGCACGGAGACAUCAAACCUGAGCGCUGCUGGGGGACACCUGAGAACCUGGACGACAGUGGCAGCUGGAGGACUGUGCCUGCCAGGGAGAAGGAGGGCUCCAAUCUGCAAAGAAUGGCAGGUAUGUCUCAGAGCCUGGAGUCAGUUUUGGGCGGACACCGUCCCCGGGCUCACACAGUAGGAUCGUUCGCAGUGGAUCAGCAGGGCAGACUCAUAUCCCCUGGGAUGGCAGCUUGUAGGGUAGCGAUGCAGCAGGACCCACGCCGGUUCAGCGAGGCCAGUUUAGUCCCGCCUCCGCGGCCACCGCCACCCAACCUGAAACGCUUAAACAUGAAACCGAGGAGGCCCGCAAUCCAACCGGCCCCGCGCACCCCAUGGCCUCCACAGGUGGUCCUGUCCCCUCCAGCGCAGACGCAGCCUCAACCCCAACACCCACCACAGCAGAGCAUCGGCGGCUCCAACCUGGCUAAAAUGGCCCAUAUGGCCCGCUCAACCCCACAGCUGGACGAGUGCACGGACAACCGAGAGAGAGAUCGAGAGAGGGAACGAGUCAGAUAUCGAGAGAAAUUACCUAAUGUGCAGAGCACAAAAGACAGUCUCACCUCACAGAUUAUGGAGGCAGUUCAUGGAGUGACCAUUGAAGAGGUUCAGACUGCACUUGAACGAAAUGACUGGAACCCAGUGCGAGCUGAACAACAACUCAAGUUGGAGCAGAUGUACUCGCUGAGCCUCUGCUCCAGAGAGGACUGUCUGAGGAUCCUCUCCAGAUACCAGUGGAACCUGCAGCUGGCCAGCCGCUUCCUGAUCCGAUCGUCUGGCGAGAGGGAGCGACCUCCAGCUAGCACAGAAAGACGAGUCUGAAGGGAUUUCAAUCAUCAGUGCAUCGAUGGUUAACAUUUUUAGUAACAAUAUUGGCACUUGAAGCUGCCACAUACUUCUACUGCUUUCAUUGACCACCUUGAUAUGGGAACAGACGUGAGGUCCGGUGCAUAUAAAAGUAGAAAAGAUUUCUUUAAUGUACAAACAAAAAAUAUUUUGCUUAUUUAGCAAAAAAUGAGACGUUUGCCAGCACAUUAUGUGCUAUAUGCAAAUAGUUUUUUUUUAUCUUAAUGCAUUUGUAUAUAUUGUAUUAGAAAUGAUUAUUUUGUUGAAUAAAAUGAUCUGGUCUUAAUGCUGAGCUGUGAUAAUAUGAGCAGUUUAAUCAGUUGGUCACUGUGUAACACCCUUUUAAUUUCAUGGGAUUUUGUGUUAGAGUGCCCGCUGGUCUUCAGAAAGAUUUAGUGUGUUAAAUUGUAUUACAUUAUUUAAAUUCAAAGCCUGACAUUGCCCUGAAUGCAGGAUCAAAGCUUAAUGGGCCUUAAACUUAAGGUCUGUUUUAAGAGAGGUCAUGGAAUCUUGUGAGACAUCAACCCAGUCACUCAGACCUUGGAUAUGCAGUAUCCUGUUGGUCAUUUCCAUGUUUACUUUAAACAACCUAUUUGUCUAUUGUAUUCUUCUUAAUGGAAUGUGAAAACUAAGACACUGACUGUGUACAUAGACAUACUGGUGUAAAUAUUUCCACAGCAGGUCAACUUGUGCGAAUUGGUGAGAAAUGUAUCAGAACCAUUGGAUAUUGGGAAGACAAUUAAUUAAAGCUUGAGGUAUUUCCCAGAAUCAUUAAGGCAUGGAUAGGCAUGUACAGACAUGCUCCCUUAAAUACUUUGUUGUAAUUCCUGCAUUUUCCCAGAGGGUGGAGCAGUGUGAUGUUUAAUGUGACUUGAGAAGAGAUGUGGGUCUCCUUUUGUUCCAUCUGCAGGGUUAGGAUAUCAUCUUUAGAUAAAGGAAGCGGAUAUUGACACCAAUAAAUUCAUGUUGUAUUGAGAAAGUUACCCAGUAACUAAAGUGGAGCAGAGUUUUAGUGGAACCUUUGGCUGAUGUGAGAGGUGGGAUUUCCCUCUAAGCAAAGAAUUUUUUCCAAGUGAAACCAGAUGUUCCACAUUUAGACAUUAGGUUUCCAAAGGCCUUCCAAAAACCUUUCCUGGGCAAUGAGUGGAGCAGAAGAACACAAGACAACAAGACUAUAACACGGCAUAAUAUGGCAAUUGUUUUAUUUCUAAAGUACAGGGUAUUUUUGGUGUAAAAAAAUGUGAUUUACAAGAUACAAGAAAAAUGGUACACAAUUGUUUUGAUAGAAACAGGAAACUGAUGCCACAGAUCUUGCCUGCAGCAGAUAUAACUGAUUUAUAAAAGCAAGUGCUGCAGAUAAACCUCAAACUUACACUGAAUAAACAUUUGCAAUACA